UUGGUCAACAUGUUCUACCUUGUGCCAUUCUUUGGCCUGGCACUUUACGGCCUGUUGGAACCCGGCUGUGAAUGGAUGCCUGAUCUGACCGUGGUGUUUGCAGGAGCCAUAGCCCAAGCUCAGUUUUCUCACAUUGGCGCUUCCUUACACACUCGUACUUCCCUUACCUACCGAGUACCCCAGAAUGAGGUCUCGUCCUUCCUCUACACCAACAUCCUCUUCGCUGUUGGCGCUCAGCUCUUGGCAUUUCGCUGUAUCACUUUUUCUAGCUUCUUCCGGAGGGAAAUACCCAGAAAUAUCAACGAGCUGGAGAAGAAAAUCAACUAAAGGGACAGGCCAAGUGGAUCACAUGCAGAGGCAGUGAACUGUAAUAGUUGGUCCUUUAAAGUGAUGUUAAAUGAGGUGUCAACCAUAACUUGCUGGAGAGCACCCUCAUCUCUGAACCAGAAUGUUAUGCAUCAAAACCCACCGCAGACACACCCCACAUAAUGGAGACAGACCCUCCUGUGCAGUGCAGAGAGAGUUGAGCUGUUUAACCAAGGCCCUUUCUGCCCCCUCAAGUGGAGAGAAAAGAUUACAUGAUUACUCAUUUGAAGGAAGGUGAGGGAGUUAUCCCUAGUGUCCUAACUAAUAGUUAUCCCUCAAUUGACAACACUAAAACCGUUUUUUGGUCGUAUCACAUUGUUCUUUGUGCUGUGUAUAAAUUUGCUGUUACAUUUCCCAUAUUACAACAAUGAUUAUGCGUCAAAAACAAAA